AUGCAAAAAGCUAAACGAACAUUUCUCCAUGACGCUGUAGAUUUUGUCACACUUGGAUCACACUCAUUACAAAGAGACGACUUUUCUGAUUGUUUUAAACCAUUAUCUCCGUAUGAUUUACGCCGUGGAAGUGUUCCCUAUAUUUUCUCUUUCUUUGUUCGAUACUUCAUUAUAUUUCCAAUCAGAAUGACCAUUUUUACAAUUGGCAUGUUUUUGAUAGGAUUCCUCUUUCUUUACGGCAGGUAUUUUAGGAACUACGGUGUCAUCCAGGACAGCUUCAUUAUCUUCAAUAAGUUUACAAUGCUAGUACUGAACUGCCAUGUCACCCACAAAGGAAAGAAGAAACUGAGAAAUGAACCACAUAUAUAUGUGUCAAAUCACACCACAUUUGUGGACUACUUGAUCCUUAGCAGCUACAAGUUCAGCCAUGCAUGUAUUUCUGAAGGUCAUUCUGGAUUAUUUGGCUUUAUCAUUACACAUAUCCUAUCCAAGAAUGGAUCAAUUGGAUUCAAAAGAAGCGACAAACAAGACAGAGCACAAAUUCUUGUAAAGGUAAAAGAGCAUAUACAUGAGAAAAAGGCGCCCAUGCUGAUAUUUCCUGAAGGGACUUGUGUAAAUAAUGAGUCUAUUGUUCUAUUUCAAAAGGGUGCAUUUGAACUUGGAACGUUGAUUUGUCCUGUAGGAAUUAAGUACAAGAAGGACAUGACUGAUCCAUACUGGAAUAGAAGAGAGCAUGGGUUUACACUCCAUCUAUUUUACUUGUUCACUAGAUGGGGUAUUGAUGUUGAAGUGCAUUGGAUGAAUCCAAUGCAUAAAAAAACAACAGAGGAUCCCAUUACAUUCUCACACAGAGUAAAACAGGCCAUAGCUCGUAAACUAAAGCUCAGAAAUACAAUUUGGAAUGGGUAUUUUAAAAGUUCGCCUGUUCUUAAUGAUCGUGAAAUAUUGAAAAAUUGCUUUAUUUCUGUUUAUUUAAAGAUGAAAGAAAACAAGCUUGGAGAGGAGAAAAGAAAAGAUAUAAAUGAGGGAAGGUACUACCUUCUUGAUGAAAAUAUUGAUAAUACUGAGAAAGACGAUAAAGUAUACUUUGAUCAGUUAUCAUAUAGGAAAUUUAUUAACGAAUGUUGCAAGGAAUAUUUGAGAACCAAAGCACUUACACCUCAGAUGUUGUAA